AUGGAUGAAGAGCUGGCGGCGGCCUUGGCUGCAGAAGAGGAAGAGGCGGCGGCCGGGGGGCUCCUCCGACGAUGGAACCCAGACUUUCAGAACGCCUCGCUCUACGUGGGCGACCUGCACCCUGAGGUGACCGAGUCGAUGCUGUAUGAGAAGUUCAGCCCAGCCGGGCCCAUCUUGUCCAUCCGCAUUUGCAGGGACAAGGUCACCCGACGCUCUCUGGGCUACGCAUAUGUCAACUACCAGCAACCGGUGGACGCCAAGCGGGCCCUGGAGACCAUGAACUUUGACGUUAUCAAUGGCAGGCCAGUGCGCAUCAUGUGGUCCCAGAGGGACCCGUCGCUCCGCAAGAGCGGGGUGGGCAACGUCUUCAUCAAGAACCUGGGCAAGACCAUCGACAACAAGGCACUGUACAACAUCUUCUCGGCCUUUGGCAACAUCCUGUCCUGCAAAGUGGCCUGUGACGAAAAGGGGCCCAAGGGCUACGGGUUCGUGCACUUCCAGAAGCAGGAGUCGGCCGAGCGGGCCAUAGAUGCGCUGAAUGGCAUGUUCCUGAACUACCGCAAGAUUUUCGUGGGGAGAUUCAAGUCCCACAAGGAGAGAGAGGCCGAGAGGGGAGCCUGGGCGCAGUCCACCAGCGCCGACUUCAAGGAUUUCGACGAUGACUCCGAUGACGAGGCCACCUUUCGAUGA